AUGGCUCAAUGGCUGACAGAUGUGCAGCAAGAAGCCGAAAGAACACAUAAUUUACUUUUACGAGAAUUUUGUCAACAACUUUCCGAUUAUUUAUCACAUGGGACAACUCUUCAUUAUGGAAGAGAGAAGAUUCUGGAGUUCAUUCGAAGUUGUUUGGAAACGGAAACUGUACAAAUUGGAACACUUGUUAGUCGAGGAUUUGAGAUAUUGAUUGCGGAAGAGGAAUCCUGUCGCGAGUGUACAAAUCAAGACAAACAAGAUUUCCUUCAAUAUACAUUCGACGCUUUUCCAAAUGGUUCACCAUUUGUCGAACGGGAGCUGAUCAGUUGCAUUCGAUCAAUACUGAGUUUUGUUCGGACGCAAUGUUUGGUUUUAUCAGGACAUGUUCUUUGCAAAUUCAUUCAGUUUACAUUGGGAAUUCUUCGAACAACAAAUCCCGAUCUAAGAAGAGAAACAUGUCAAUUGUGCGCAUCGAAACUGGAAGCUUUCUAUAAUUUUCGGCCUUUGGUACCGAAAGAAGAACGGCACUAUUCAGAGGAUGGAAAUUUGGUAUUAAAUCAAUUAGAAGUUGAUUAUUAUAAGCAGUUGUUAACAUUGAUGGAAUAUCAAACAACUCUUGUGAACGAAUUAUCAAGAAAACAUGAUCAAACACUUCAAAGAAUCUUUGUUCUCGAACUUCAUGAUCUGUUAAUCAGGUCGCUCUCUCGUACGGUUUAUUUUUAUCAACCAUUCAUCGAUUUUAUUUGGAAAAAAUAUUCUCCAGCUGUAAUUUCUUUUCUUGGAAGCCCGAUUAUCGAUGCUCGAUGUAUUAUGUACGUCAAGAAUAACGCAUCUGAUCCCCAUCUUCGUCGAACAGUUUAUCGAAUUAUUUUAAAUCUUAUUUGUUUUAUUGCACCAAUCGGCUCACUACGAUCUGUUAGCGAAACCUUAUUUCAGCGUUUAUGUUUAUCUCAAGCGACAAAUGAACGAUUGGAUUUAUUGAUUGUUCUAAAUGAAGUGAUUACAAGUCGUUCGCUAAUAUCAUUGAUUUCACCACCUUGGAUUCACUCAACCGAAGCAACGAAUGAUUCGGAUUUAAGUUUAUUUCGAAAAAUCAUUUCGAUCAUCGCUGAAUGUUCAUCAUCGGAUGAUCGAGCCUUGGUCAACAAUGCCUAUCUCUGUCUCAACCAUUGUCUUGAACAAUUAAUCAAAUUUAGUACUGAAGCGACAUUUCUCGACACAGACGAAGAACAAGCUAUUCGAAAAGUCUAUAAGAAGUACGGGUAUCCAAUCAUUCCACUGUUCAUUGACACAAAUUAUGUUCUACCGCUAAUAAAACCCGAUGAUAACAAUCGAAAUGAGAAAGAGAAUGAAAUUAACUUAACCGCAGAAUCGUCGACAUUGGAGAAAGUGCAAUUCUACAUUGUACAUUUGAAGAUUUUGCUGAAAACAAGCGAUCAACAACAUAUAACCACUGUUUCGGACUUCGAUGACGCUCUCUUACAAUUCUCAUCAUUUAUCAGCAAUGAAUACGCAUCGAAGAUGUCGAUUUCAUCGGAUACAUCUACAACAAUUGUUACCAAUCCCGAUGGAAUCUAUGCAACAACAAUAUGGUUUUUAUGGUUCUGCAGUCGACGGCAAUUUCAACAACUAUUCGAUUCGAACAUGCCAUCAACGAUUUCCAAAAGUGCUUUCAUCACUGAUAUCAUGAAUAGUGGUUUGAUGCUUUGUAUCGAACCUGAUUGGAUGGAUACACUAUAUGAUAUUUAUUUUGAACAAUUCGACGUUUUCGAUGGUCUCUCUGACCAAUUCAAAGGUGUUCUGCAUCAGAUGUUUCUCGAUAUUCGUCCGUUUAAUAUUCGAUCGAUAAAACAACCAAUUGGAGAUUCCACAUCGAAACAUGACGGACAUUUAACAGCAUUGUCGGUUUGCCAUCGGCUAGUGCAAGUGUGUUGGAGUGCGUUAUUAGGUGCAUUGACACCGAUGCUGACAAAAAAUCAUUCCAUGGAUGCCGAUCUUGCCUCAUCGAAUAUGGUUUUAUCGAAUACAAUUAGUGAAAAGUUCAUCGAAACUCACGAACUCGUGUUUCAAGGUUUAAAACUAGUUUUUCAAUUAGCAGUUACUGUUGGAUUACCAAACAAUGCUUGUUAUGUUUUGCACUGUGUCGCUAGCACAAUUGAACAGGGCUGGAUUAUGGACAACCAGAGAAGAAUGUUUACAAAACAAAAUCGUUUACACUAUUUGGAUGUUAUGGCAAUAAAUUUCAUUCUCCAGUUGUAUAUGAACGAUAUCAAUAAUUGUCCAAGUGUUGCUUACAAGCAUAUUUUACGAUGUUGCGUUCAUUUAUGUUUGUUGGAAAUGCAAUGUUGUCCACCAAAGGAAAAACUUGAUUUGACAAUUCAUCAACAUGGACAUGUUUCAUAUGAACUUAGUAAUGGAAACAACUCGUCAUCUUCGAACGAUUCAUCAACUUCAUCUCUUCUUCAGUUGUCAAAUAUUGACAAAACUGGACAUAUUCACGAUAAAUCAUGUGCAAAUAUUCUGCAGGCGUUGUCGUGUCGAUCCGAUAAAUUGUUUGAACUUGUUGCUCGUCAUUUGGAUUUGGACUCUUUACUUGAGUUUUUCGAACAAAUGCGUUUAUUAACUGAAACGCCUGUACCAAAGCGAACCGCUGAGAUUUCUCCAUCUCUUCCUCAGAAUCUGUUUCCUAUGCAUGCAGUCAUCGAAAGAGUUGGUGACAUGACACUAGGAAUCAUUGCAUCACUUCGACCACGUUAUCAUGUUUGUAAAGUCUGGAGUUGUGUUUCUCAAUUAUUCAUACAGGGCGCAACACAUCGAGAUAUUCAAUUGGCAAAGCGAACCAUUUCUCACAUGCAUCGAGAUUUGCGUUCAUGGCUUUCAGUUCGUCCUGAAUAUCCUAAUUUUCAAUUGAACGAAACAUUUUUUAAACCAUUCGAACAUUUGAUCUGUACAGAACAAUGUGAUAGCAUUGUUGAGAAUCAGAUUGUGAAUUCCAUAUGCGAAUUGGUGGAGUUGAAUACCAAUGCAAUCAUGUCCGGCUGGCGUUCGAUAUUCGCUUGUUUGAAAACGGUUAAGAUCGAACAACAUCGUCAUUCGAUCGGAACGAAGAACAGCACAUCAAAGGAAAAUAGAACCGAUGAAGACGAAACUGAACAAGCAGGUGUGGAACUAUAUCGCGUCAAUGCAAUUUUAGAAGUUCUCGAAGCAUUUUUCUCAUGUGAAAAUCUGAAUGUUAUCUCUCAAGCAUCUGUUGAUUGUCUUCAAUGUUUAUUUUGUUAUUUACGUGAGCCAGAACCAUUCACACCAAUGGUAAACAGUCCGUUCGGUGAUAGUUUCGAUGAAAAUGACGAAGAACAUAAUCAAAUCGAAUUAGUCAUGCCGGCUUUGAAUAUGAUACAAAAAUUCACGACUAUUUUUGUACAUUGCUAUGUUACAUCAUCAGACCAUGUUUUCGCUACAAAGAAACGAACACGACAAUUUGAAUCCACUUCGUUUACAUAUUCGACAUUUUCGAACUUUUCUCCUUCAUUUUUCUCCUACCUUGAUCCAUCCAUCUCACCCGAAACCAUUCUUCGUUCAUUCGAACUAAAACUCGUUGGCUACAUGCGUCAAUUAUCUGACGAUUUGGAUCUGAUUGAUAAUACAACACAUCUUCUCAAUGUUUGGUCAUAUAUGAUCGAAGGUCUUACUGAUACAAUCUUCUCAUGUUCGAAUCAUUAUCAUAUUAAAAUCAUCGACCAAUAUUUCCAUAUUUUGAAAUUAACAUUCGACAGUGUCGGACAUCGAUUUUCGAUUUAUCUCAUCUGUUGUGUGAUCAUUCCAUGGUUGCAAUCAUUUGUUUGCUCAAAUUUUUUGAAAAUGACUUCGUCGUUGAGAAAAUUGACUAUCUUUCGACGACACGCUCAACGACAAAAUUCCACAUUUAUGAACAUUACAGCGUGGCGUUUGUUUCUCGGAAAUCUUCUUGAACAUAUUUUGUAUAUAUUCGAAAUGGCUAAAGAAUUCGAAGAGUAUCACCAUAUUCUGUUCGAUUGUUUUCAAUCAAUGCUAAUUGAUUGGCUUUGUGUUGCAAAUGAAUACGUCGGUCGACUCGGUUUAUCGUGUAUUAAACACCUUCUCACACAUAUUUCACAUAAAUUCGAUCAAACAUUACGAUCGAUAUGUAUUGAUAAUCUUCAACAUGCACUUCUACUUACAUCUCUACCAACUGAAUACUUAAUUUAUGAAUUUCUGGUUUCAUCACCCGAGGAUCUCCUUCGUAAUGUACGUGUUUAUAUUCAAAAUGAUCCCAAUUCAUCGUCAUCAUGUGGAUUAGUCAAUGGUGAUAUAUCGAUUUUUCCGCUCUGUCAGCAGCUGUUCAAUGAACAUUCUCAACAACAACCAACGAAAAUUCCAGAAGUGAAAAUCUUUCGAUUUACAUUUCGAACUGUACCGACAGCACCGACAAAUGACCCGAGUCCUCAUGAAAUUCAAAUGAAAACAUUUGUUUAUUUAAAUUACUUUCAUUUACAGCUCAUCCACAUGAUUGGCGAAUUGAAUUGGUCGGAAUUAAUUCCGAAUUUGAGUCAAACUAUCGAUCUAGCAGAGCGAUUCGAUAUAACAUCGAAUAUUUUUGGUUUGAAGAGCAUCUUUCAGCAAUUAUUCGCAUUUGAGCCAGCAGCUGUCACAUUUCAACAUGUGAAGCGAAUCGCAUUUCAAUAUAUAGUGGAUUAUCUCAUGCGUGGUGUUAAAGAUGAACUGGUCAAACAUUCGAUCAACUCAGCGAAUUUGCACGUGCAACAAGGAAAUGAUGAACAGACAGGUAACGAUAUCGAUGCGUAUGAAUCGUUUCCAGAAACAUCAUCACCGAAACAACAGAUGGUUGGAAACGUCGAGAAGAAAGUUGGCUUUUUCGGUCACUUUGCAAAGACGCUCGAUGCUUCUUCCUGCAACUACAUCGAACUAUUGAAGAUAUUAAGUGAUGGUAUUGCAAAUCUACUCUUUACCGGUUGUAAUCGACUCGAAGCACAUGUCGAAACGGAUCCGUACGGAUUGUAUCUUCUACGAGCAGAUCAAGAUUUGAUUGAUAAAUUUUUACCACCUUCAUCAAUACCGGCUGUUAGUCGACGAUCAUCCGUAUCGGAAAAUGAAGUGGAAUAUUUUAUUGUUAAUCAAGAGAUGAUUUGCCGAGUGUUGAACGAUUAUAAACUAGUACGUAAAGCUGAAACACCAACUUCACCACUACCGCCAUCAAUUCAACGAAAAAGUUCAAUCAAUCCAGCUCCAUCACCUUCAACACAUCAACGAUUCUUUUCUCAAUCGUUAUUUAAUGAACACACAAAAGUCAACACUGAUGAGCAACGUUCCUUACAAGAAAUUCUGUCAUCAAAAUAUGCUGAACACGUCACAAUUGCUUUGAAACUUUACGUUGAUGGAUGGAAUGACUUGUGUUUAUACUUAGCAAAAUCUCUCCAAGACAACGGCUGUUGGAUUUCGACAAGCGGAUCUGGAAAUAGUCUUUUGAUGCCAUCGCUUGAACGAUGGUUAUUUGUAUGUGCAACAAAUGCUACAAAUCGACAAUUGAAAAACUUACUUUUGGAUAUUUUAAUAAAACAUGGCGGAAAAGAUGCAAUUCUAUCAAGAACAUAA